AGUUUCAGUUUCGAGAACAAGAUGGGCGAUUUUAUUAUGAAUAAAUUCGAAGAAGAGCUUGCCAAAUAUAAGCAAUUUGAGAAAGAUCGCGAAAAAAAUAUUCAUAAUCGACAGCAGCUUGAAGGGCAGUUGACGGAAAAUAAUCUUGUGAAAACCGAGCUUGAUCUUCUAGAAGAUGGUGCAACGGUGUACAAAUUGAUUGGACCAGUACUUGUUAAGCAAGAUCUCACGGAAGCAAAACAAAAUGUUGAAAAGCGCAUAGAUUAUAUCACAAGUGAAAUAAAGCGAUUAGAGGAAACGAUAGCAGAUUCUGUAACGAAGCAAGAAAAUCAGAAACAAACAGUGAUGAGGUUACAAAAUGCAGUAACUCAACGGUUCCGGAAUAAAUGAUCGCAAAGUACUUGAAAAGUGAUUUUUGUUCAGCAUGUUAUGUUGUCGUUAGAAUUUUUGCUUAUGUUGCAAAAAUUUACCGUUAAUCAAAAUUUUGAAUUGAUAUUGGGAAUUUCUUUUAAUAAGCAAAUUUGUUCAGAAAUUAGCAUCGCAAUGCAUAUUUUUAUCUUGAAUUAUCUGUAAUGCUUAAUUAAGCCAUGAGGGUUUUAUGUCUGUAUAUCCAUUUUUGCAUAGGGUUGUGAAUGAUGAGCAUUAGUUGAAGUUAUGUAAUGUGUGAAAGAUGAUUCGUAGUUGAAUUUCACGUUAAAGCUGUGAUGCAUGAAUAUAAUAGCUAAAUUCUGCUUUGAUUUAUGCACAGUUACCGUGUUAAAAACCACAGAGGCUGAGUAGUACUUUUUAAUAUUAGGUUGC